AUGAAUCCUAGCUUGUGUAAUAUAUGGCGUUGUACAUUGAAUAUGAGAACUGUGAAGAAGAGUGCAGUAGAUCCCAGUGGAAUGACAUGUGAUAAGAUUGGUUUAACUAUGAGAAGAUGGGCGAAUCAGGAAGAGGUUUGCAGUACCAGGCCUGGAACAUGUUUAAAGAACCAGAUGAAGUGGUACCUUGAACAGGAAAAAGAUGAUGUAAUUAAAAGGGACCUAUCACUCCCAGCAAUUAAGGAACCAAAUAAAACGACAUUGGAUGACCCUAAUAGAAUACAUACACUCACUUACAUUCACUCGAAUGAUGAUGUCACUAGACUUAAAAUUGAUACUUUCGACGCUACAGUCACUGAGAUCAUCUCAGACUUUCCUGGAUUCAUCGUUUCAGCUAAAAUUGAUGGCGAGUGUGAAGUAUCCUCAUCAAAGAAGUGUAAUAUGGAAUUGGAUGUUAAGAAUAUGGGUAAAUUUAUACGUUUUAAUAAUAUUUUAGGUGUUAAAAAAUCAGACUAUACAAUUAGAGCCACUUGUUUUGAUGAUCCUAUUCGUAGGAACCCAGUUGCUACUAUUUCUGAAACUGUAAUCAGUAUUGAUGCAAACAAAAAUAAAACCACUUCAAUUCCAAUCAAAUUAACUGGAUCCGUCUCUACACAAAAAGGAUACUGUGAUAUUAUACUUCUUUCCGGGAAGAAGGAUACAUUGGAUAGUGUAAAGAUAGAUAUAAAGGUGAAAGUAAAGGAGAAACCUAUUGGAGCUGAUCCACAGCAUAGAGCUCAGAAUGUAGUUGGAGAACGAAACCCACAACAUAAAAUUACCAUUCAACCAACACAACAACAUGACGGAAAAGAUUCAACCACCAAAAAAACCGAUAAAAAAGAUGAUGAACCAAAAUGUAGAUGUGCUUCAUGGAAUAUCUUUUGUAUGCUCAUCAACUUUAAUUUGUGUAUAUCAUCUUAUGUAAGUAAGGUGUUGUUUUAUGUGUUGAUUGCGCUUGGAAUUUUAUUGCUUUUAAUAUUGUUACCGGUAUUGAUUCCUUUAUUUGUGACGGUGUUCAAAGGUAUAGCAGUUCUUGUUAAAAUGCCAUUUGAAGCCAUUGAACAAAAAAGAAGAAACAAAAGGAUGCUCGAUAAUACCAACAUGACACUUGAUGACUUUUAA